UCUCUUUCUCUUAUCAACGGAAAUUAGGGUUUCUGUUUGUCAUCUUCGGCAGUCAGUCUCACAGAAGAAAGAAAGUGUGAGAAUCUGUCACCAUGGGUCGUAUGCACAGUGGAGGAAAGGGUAUUUCAGCUUCUGCGUUGCCGUACAAGAGAACGUCUCCGAGCUGGCUCAAGACUACCUCUCAGGAUGUUGAUGAAUCAAUCUGCAAAUUUGCCAAAAAGGGGCUGACCCCUUCACAGAUUGGUGUUAUUCUCCGUGACUCUCACGGUAUUCCCCAGGUCAAGAGUGUUACUGGAAGCAAAAUCCUUAGGAUACUCAAAGCCCAUGGCCUUGCUCCUGAGAUCCCUGAGGAUCUGUACCACCUUAUUAAGAAGGCUGUUGCCAUCCGCAAGCAUCUCGAGAGGAACAGAAAGGACAAGGAUUCCAAGUUUAGGCUCAUCUUGGUUGAGAGCAGGAUUCACCGCCUCGCUCGCUAUUACAAGAAGACCAAGAAGCUCCCUCCCGUCUGGAAGUAUGAAUCCACAACCGCUAGCACCCUUGUUGCUUAAGCUGAAGUAGGUUCAGCUUUUGUGAGGAGGAAGAUUCUACAUGUCUGUUGCUUCUCUUUUGUUUUGAUGAAUUCUGAACUUUUUUAGUCUUCUUCAUUUGUCAGGAUUUGAUAUGUGUUUGCCUCCUCUUUUUAUUGAAUCUUAUGCUACCCCUACUUUUUAAGAGAAUCAUAUGAUCAUGAAGUAACAA